UUCUCUUCCUAGGGUUUGAGAAGCAAAGAUGCGCCGACUUUUCAAUUGUUCCUUUUUCUCUCAUCCUAAAGUGUCGAAAACCCAUUCCCUCUGAAAUGGCGGAACCUUCAGCAAAGAUCCUUAGACGAACCGUAGAUGGAGAAGCUGAUAAGAUUGAUAGAAUCAGUGCACUUCCACAAUCUGUUCUUCUCUCCAUUCUUUCACGCUUGGAUCUCAAAGAAGCUGCAGCCACCUCAGUUUUAUCCACAACCUGGAGAGACCUUUUCUUACAACUUCCCAAAAUUGAGUUAACUUUCGAUAUCUAUGGCAAUCCUUCUGACCAUCCUAGACUGUUUCACAUCUUCACACUCUUAGCUCAUCGAGUGCUGAGAGAGAGAAACCCAGAAGCACCCAUUAGGUCUCUCAACGUAUCUGUGAGGAAUUUCACUGAAAGGAUGGAAAAGGAUUAUAGAUCAUUGUUGAUGUCCGCAGCUGCUGCAGUGUCCACUUACAAGGUGCAGCAAUUUGAUCUUAGUCUUAUGUUUAGGUUAAUAACUAAGUCAUUGAAGAUUUUUAUUCCACCUGCAAUCUUUACAUCAGAGACUCUAACUAGUUUGCGUCUAACCCUUUCUGCGGGGUGGGAUGUUCCAGAAAAUGUUUGGUUGCCCAAUGUAACGGUUGUUCACUUCUUGCCUUUUUUAUUGGUGGAUGAGAAUUGUGUUCAGAGGUUUCUCGAUCGGUGCCCUAGACUAGAAGAUAUGAUGUUUAAGAUGAAGGAUGAGGGCAAAGUCAAAAACCUUUGCAUGUCAAGUUCCACCGUAAAAUCUGUGAUGCUUGGUUGGGAUCUGAAAGAUGAAUCAGAGACUAGUAUUACUGUGAAGUCUGAAAGCCUUCUGAGGUUGACAUUAUCUCUUAAUAGAACUCACACAGUGAAUGUGAAUGCACCAAAUCUGAAGUUCUUCUCCAUUAAGGGUAAAGCCCUUGAAUUGAACAUGAUUCAAAGUGUUCCUUCAAUUGAAGAGGCAGUCAUAGCCUCUGAUUGUAUGCUUGAGUUCUCAAAUUUGAAUAACUUCUAUUCACGUUCUGAGAAAGCUUGUACCUUUUUUGGAGAGUUGCAAAACCUGACAUUACUCCACAUAUCAGAACCGAUCAUGAAGGCUCUAUAUGUUUCUAAACCGGAGCUCCCCACUUUCAGAAACAUGUAUAAGAUAAAGCUUAUCCCUGAUUAUUCUCUUGAUGAUUUUAGCCGUUACUGGAUUGCAAAGGUGUUAUUCAACUUGUUUCAAAAUUGUCCAAACCUUAAAGUGCUUUCCUUUGAGAAGGCGUUCGACAACUACUUUGGUGAGGUUGAUCUUGAAUCUGUUUUCCCUACCAGCAUGGUUCAAAAUCUGAAGGAAUUAGAAAUUUUUAACUACAGAGGUCGAGAUAUGGAAUACAAGCUGGUGGAAUUUUUCAUGAACAACGGACGAUCUUUAGAGAUUGUUUAUCUGAGAAAAUAUGAUUUGAUGCCAAAUACUUCUACUUGGAAGCGAAAACAACGAGAGAGAAUUUCCUCCUUUUUGACGUCUUCAGAAGAUUGUGAGAUUAUAUUCAGAUAGAAAUUGGAUUUGAUGAAAUCCCCAUGAUUACCCACGUAUGGCAACAAGUCUAUCUCUUUAAGAGUAUGUUAUUUUGGCUAUUAGAUCAACGUUUAAUUUAGUUGCAUAUUUAGAACAAUGAUGCUUUCUGUUGUAUUUCGGUUUUCUUGUUGGAGACUUAGAUUAAUUGUUGUACCACUCCUUAAAUAGACAUAAAUUUCCUUAAAUAUUUAAUUCGGAUUCUUAAUCACGAUUACUA